UGUUUAUUGCUGUUUUUCCCCCACUCUCACCUGCACGGAUCCCGAGACCUCUCACCCCAAGUAUGGUAAGUAGGAGGGUGAAAAUGAGAAGUAAUGAAGAUGCUCAACUGUAAAUCUGCUUGAAAAGAUCUUGAAACAGGAAGAUUCUUCCUAUAUGGAUCAGCCUUCUAGUGAUGGUGAAACUGGAAGAAGACCACUGUAAGCAAACCCAGGAUGAAUCGAGUGCCAGGUGAUACAGACAAUGCUCACAGUAGCAGCGUGGAAUCCUGUCCUUCCUUGCGGGAUGUCCACUCCAUCAACCCAGCACAGCUGAUGGCAAGGAUUGAAUCAUAUGAAGGCAGAGAGAAGAAGGGCAUAUCAGAUGUCAGAAGGACUUUCUGUUUGUUUGUUACAUUUGAUCUCUUAUUCAUAACCUUGCUGUGGAUAAUAGAAUUAAAUGUAAAAGGAGGCAUUGAGACCACCUUAGAGAAAGAAGUCCUACAAUAUGACUACUCUUCUUCAUAUUUUGAUAUAUUUCUACUGGCAGUCUUUCGAUUUAAGGUGUUAAUACUUGCAUAUGCAAUGUGCAGACUGCGCCAUUGGUGGGCAAUAGCUUUUACAACAGCAGUGACCAGUGCCUUUUUAUUAGCAAAAGUAAUUAUUUCACAGCUGUUCUCACAGGGUGCUUUUGGCUACGUGCUGCCCAUCAUAUCCUUCAUACUUGCCUGGAUUGAAACUUGGUUCUUGGACUUCAAAGUGUUACCGCAGGAAGCUGAAGAAGAAAACAGGUUUUUGAUAGCACAGGAUGCUUCUGAACGAGCAGCUCUUCUUCACCCCGGGGUCCUCUCUGAUGGGCAGUUCUAUUCUCCUCCUGAAUCUGUAGCAGGAUCUGAUGAAGAUUCUGAAGAAAAACAAGACAGUGAAAAACCAGUUGUAUAGCAGACAGGAAAAAGCAG